AUGUCUCUUCCAUCCAAAGAAGCUAUCGCCGCACAGUACCACAACAACUCAGUCUACGUCAUCCUGAGCAGCCGCGGAGCCCUGCCAGGGUUCCACUGGGGUAUUUUUAUCCCCUCCUCUACUCCCUACGGAGAAGUCUGGCAUGCUACAAAUCGAGAGGGCGGCUGGAAACCCGAAAAGAAGAACAGCGGGAAUGUCCCGUUUUCGAUGAGCUUAGUUCUAGCGCACAACGUGGGUCACCUUAAUCAGGAAAGUCAGAAAACCUGUCGCGAUAUUCUCGACUCACUGCCCGCUGACGGUACUCCUUCGCCCAAUACUGGCGAGCCGUUUGAUUGUCGAACCUGGGUGCUAGAUGCUUUGGUGGCGUUACAAAAUGCUGGGGUAAUUGUGCUUACCAAGCCACUCCAGGAAUUGCAAGAGAGCCUGGUAUCUGAUGCAGAGGUUCACAAAGAUGUGGUUGAGCGGGGGUCUGGUGUCGCCAAAGUCGUCAAUCCGUCACCUGAUGGUAACUAA